UGUCAAUCGUGUGUAGGCCUUUUCUGGGCUUAGACAACAAGUGAUAAAACGUUGUAUACGAUGGAGAAGCCAUGACGCACCCGUCGCAUCAGACUAACGGAGCCAGCUUGGAGGAUUGCCACACGAAUUUCUUCGCACUGACAGACCUAUGUGGAAUAAAAUGGCGAAAACUCGUGUGGGGCGAAGUGCACGAGGGAUUCGGGGGUACCCCCCUUGAUGAUCCAGUCUUGACGAGCUUCUCAAAGUGUCUAGCAGGCGACAUACUCUGUGUGUGGCGACGGGUGGCGGCCACACCGACUAUGGGAAGUACUGGUACUGGUGCAGGUGGCAUCUUCGACCUGGGAAUAGCACCAUCUCCUGCACCACCACCUCUGUCACUUACAGCCGCUAAAGAACUUUGGAUCUUUUGGUAUGGUGAAGAACCCGAUUUAAAGGAACUUGUUUCACCAGAGCUAAUCAGGGGUGAGAGUGAGCAAGGAUCUUGGGAAAGCGGCCUGUCAUAUGAAUGUCGUUCAUUACUCUUCAAGGCUCUCCACAAUCUCAUCGAGCGUUGUUUACUAUCUCGUGACUUCGUUCGCCUUGGAAAAUGGUUCGUUCAACCUUACGACGGUUUCGAAAAGCAUCGCUGUAACAGCAGUCAUCUAUCCUUCUCUUUUGCAUUUUUUGUACACGGCGAGAGUACUGUUUGUGCAAGUGUAGACGUCAGGCAACAUCCGGCUGUACGAUAUCUUACGAGGACGUGUCUUCAACGUACUCAAGCAACCCAAAAUGGAGUUAAAGUUAUACUUGCUCCUUAUGGUCUAGCUGGUACCCUAACGGGUCAAGUUAGCCGAGUAGACUCUCAAUUUUUAGAUGAAUGGCGACAUUUUUAUCCAAUAAACAAUAAUAAUGUUGAAGCUGGUCUUCCACCACUUGUGGAGGUGCUUGUUGGUGGUGUAAGGAUGAGAUAUCCUUCGUGCUAUGUUCUUGUUACGGAUAUGGACGAAAUGCCUGUAGAAUUACCACUUUCACCUCCGUAUAGUCCUGCAGCGGCAGCUAAUUAUGAUUAUUUAAAUUCAACUCAGCGAGAUUUUAAGCCUUCAACAGAAUUACCAGAACGUGUUUGGGCUGAAUGUACAUUGGGAACAACAUCUUUAUCAACUUCCAAAACAACAACUGAAUCUUCCGUAGAGCUUGGUACCUGGACGUUUAUUGAUGCAACUCAAAAGUCUUCCUGCACGUGUUCUAAGUGUACAACCCCCGGGGGUUGGAAGAGUCUGGCCUCCUCUCAGAUUCAAAGGGAGAGAGUUGAUAAAGGUGGACGGAGGGCCGUCGUACCUUUCCAUCGACGCUCUACCAUUCAAUGGGAUGCUUCUAGUCCCUCUGUUCUUACUAAUGCCCCCAGGUCGGUAUUAAAUAGAAGUACUGAAGCACCAAGUACACCACCUGAUGGACCACCUUCUUAUUCUCGAGGACCUCCAACUGGCGGGGAUUGUCCUCCGGUACCAUCCGUUGGUUCACCAAGCUCUCCAGCACCAUCACCACUUCCAACUCCUCAUUCAGAACCAGCUUCCGUGCCGCCGUCAGUGGAUUUAACAAUGCCUACGUUAAGUCCUCAACCACCACCAAAUCAUUCAACUACUGCCCCAUCUGUUAAUUCAAUCCAUGGACCCAAAACGACAUCAUCAAUGUGCUGCAAUAAUAAUCAAAUAACAAAUACGAAUAGUGGACCAGCAUUAAAGCGGCCUGUACUUUCAUCGAGAGAAUACGAAGGUGCGCUUUUAGAAGAUGAGCAUCCUCUUUCUUGGCUCUAUGAUUAUUCAACUCAAGAAGCCUGGCUAAAUCAUCCUGUUAAGAGAUUUAAACCAUCGCCAACUGUUGGACCUAUAAAUCAACGUGGAAAUAAUUUAUAUGCGAUGGUUAAUUCAUCUUCAAAUCAAUCACAAGUUACUAAAAUGGAAAUAAAACAAGAACCUGGCGUAACAAUGGAUGAAUGUGUGGGAGGACUAGAAAGACGAGAAGGUGAAAGGGAAGGUGAUGAAGAAGGAACAGGUAGAACGGGCGAGGGAGAGGGAAAUAGAAAUGAUCCUUAUGAGUUUGACGUGACUGGAGAAGAGGAGAAUGGGACGGAAAAUUGUACGGGUGCAGAUGGUUUAAGACGGCCGAGAGAUGAUCCUACAAAACCUGGUUCUUUAUUUACUAAUGAAGGUCUUCAACCAUCCUACAAAGAUCUCGAUCAAAUAUUUGAAAAUUCCGACGAUACGUCUAGUGACGAAACAAAUCUCAAUCAAUUACAAGUUCAAACACCACCUGGUUCCAAUAAAUCUGGAGGACUGCACGAGGACACUCGCCUCGAUGGUUUAACUAAACAAAAUAAUCGUGGAGUAGGAGUUCUUCGUCCUGAAGAGCUCUCGAAAAUGUUUCCAACGCCACCAUCGUUAGAGCAUAAUCCGGUUGCUUCUCCUUGUCAGUUGAGUGAUGCUCCAAUCGACCAAACUGAACUUAAUGCACCUCAACGAUCUCUUCGUCAUGUUCCUGAUAUUUAUCCUAAUAUGGGAUCACCUUUAGAAGAACCUAUUGACGAUUGGUCAUAUGUUUUUAAACCUCCUACAAUUUGUAAACUUGUUGGAUCAUCAAGAUAUGCUCCUUUAACCAAUUUACCUAGCCAAUCUCUGCCACCCGUUACACUGCCAUCACACUGCGUAUAUAGACCUGCUUGGCAGUGCAAUAAUACAUCUUCUAACAGUUCAGAAAAAACAUCUAUUCAUUCUUCAUCAACUGGACCGAAUUUAAAAUCCAGUAAUACUCCGCAAGAUCAGCAACAAGACUCAUCACAUCAACCGCCUCAAGAACAACCUCCACAACCACCAAUAUCAACGAUAUCUCAUCAACAAUUGUGUCCUUCAAGUCCUGCCACAACAGUGGGUAAUAUUUAUAGAUCUGGUAGACCUCCUCCUCCACCGUAUGACCAACCAAGUCCAGCAACAUCUACAACUUCGUCUUACCUAAACAAAAAUAUCAAUAGUAUCGAUGGUGAUACCCCGGGUCCAACGCGUGCACCUGAAUCAAAUUCGUUAAUAGUUAAUAUUCUUCUUGGUGACACUGCCCUUAAUAUCUUUCGUGAUCAUAAUUUCGAUAGUUGCAGUCUGUGUGUUUGUAACGCUGGCCCGAAAGUCGUAGGUAAUAUUAAAGGUGCAGAUGCUGGAGUUUAUCUUGCAGCUUCUUGGACAAGUGGUAGUGCUCUCUUUCAAGAUGAUGAUCAAAUAAGGUGCAAUUGUGGAUUUAGUGCAGUAGUCAAUCGUCGAUUGGCUCAUCAAGCAGGAUUAUUUUACGAAGAUGAAAUGGAAAUAACGGGUAUUGCGGAAGAUCCAUCGGAAAAGAAGAAAGGUUCGCUCGGUGCAGUUGUCUCACCAGAUUCUAAAACAGCUUUAGAAGGUCUUGAUGUUAUUACACCAAAUGUUUUGGAGCUUUUACGUGAACAGUGUGCAAUCAUUCAGAGUUCUGCAAGUAGUUUAUAUAGGGCAGCAAGAAUAUAUGCAAUAAAUAGAAGUCAUGCCAAUUCAACACCAACUUUAAAUACAUUAGAAUUUAAUGAUGGUAAUGAAGUAUCUCUUGCUGCGUUAGAUCAAGGAAAGCUUAUAGAUAAUAAUCCAAUAGAAAGAACGAAUAAAAUUGUAGGCGUUCAUCGUUGGGCUUUUAUUAAAGCUCGUGGUCCACAAUGUAGUGGGGAUAUACUUCGAAUGAUGGAAACACUUCAACCACUUCUUCAAGAAGCUGUUCUAGGAUUUAUGCAGAAAAAAUGCACCAACAGAAUGUGGGAAGCACCUUAUACAGUAUCCGGUCCACUUACUUGGAGACAAUUUCAUCGUCUUGCAGGGAGAGGAACUGAUGAUCGAUGUGAGCCACAACCGAUACCAGCAUUGGUUGUUGGAUAUGAUCGAGAUUGGCUUUCAUUAUCUCCGUACGCUAUUAGUUAUUGGGAAAAACUCCUGUUGGAACCUUAUGCUGGUCCGAGAGAUGUUGCAUAUGUAAUUCUUGCUCCGGAUAAUGAUGUAGUGGUAAAUCGAGUGAAAUACUUCUUUCGAGAAUUAUCAACGACAUAUGAAAUUUGUCAGUUAGGUAAACAUACACCUAUUACAAAGACGUGUCGUGAUGGAAUUAUGCGGGUUGGAAAAUCCGCUUGCCAAAAAUGGUCAAAACAGCCAAUUGACGACUGGUUUAAACUUCUGGGUGAAACGCAAAUUGGCGAGCAAUUAAGACUUUACGCGCAAGUUUGUUGUAAUCGAUUAGCACCAUAUUUAACUCAAGUUAUUCAAGAUCGUAGCUUUUUGGAUCCUGCAGAUUCAUCCAACUCUAAACAAUUACAUCAUCAUCAACAACAAUCUCAACCGCAACAAUCACCGUCUGUACCACCACCCGAAUCAAUGCCAGCAACUCCUGAUGGUACUGUUGUUAAAACUGAACCUGUUGGUGAUAGUGAAACAGCUCCUAGUGAAACACCAUCAUCCAAUACAACACCGAAUGCCAAUUCCACAAUGGGUAACGUUACACCUGCAAUUAUUCCAACUUCUCCAUCAAAUACUUCGAAUACGAAUACGACAACAUCAUCAACAAUGAUGACAACAUCAACAAUGUCGACAAUGAUGAAUACAACAACGACAGCCAUAUCAAUGUCUACAGGAACUUCGGCAACAUCAAUGUCAGGGUUAUCAGUUAGUACAUCUUCAACGACGUCGUCAUCAACAACAAUGACAACAACGUCAACGACAGCGACUACAACGACCUCAUCAACAACUAUUGGUCCGGAUGAAGAAGAAGUUGAACCUCCCUCAGUUGUUGUUUAUAUCGUCGAACCAUUUACUUUAGGAGGUGCUGAAAAUCCAGAUCGUCGUCGAUUAGCGAUUCUAGCACUUUUAAGAGCAUAUUCAUCAGCUCUUAAUGCUAUACCUGAAAAUAUAAGAUCAAACAUUAAUGUUCAGUUAAUAUCUUUGGAAAGUAUAUUAGAACUAGGACGAGCGCGGGAACGACGAAAAUUCCAAGACGAAAUGCGUUCUUUAGCUCUAAACGUAUUCCUCCAAGGUCGAAGAUUAUUAAAUCAUAAUUCAACAGUAAAAAGUCUCACAGGUUUUGGAACAGCUGCAGCCGCAGAUAUCUUCCUCAAAAAUAAAGAUUUUCCGGAUGACCUACAGGAAAGAAAUAGAGCUCCUUAUCGUCUAUACACACCGGCGUAUGUGCUUGCACCUCUACGAGCCAAGAGCGAAGCCCCGGAGUCCUUUGGCAUUGCUGGUCCUGAAGAAUGUGCGGUGCUUUAUCUCAGUUAUUGUCUCAGUGAUGAUCAAUCACGACUUCUGGCAGUAGCUACGGAUGAUCGUGGUGAAAUAUUUGAAACUGCUACAAUCAACAUUGACGUGCCAAAUCGUAAAAGAAGAAAACGUGCAUCUGCCCGACGUGUUGGACUUCAAAAACUUAUGGAUUUUAUUCUUGGUGUUAUGUCGCAAGGCGUUCAGCCAUGGAGAUUAGUGGUUGGUCGAGUUGGAAGAAUAGGACAUGGAGAAUUGAAAGGUUGGAGUUGGCUUCUUUCAAGAAAGGCUUUAUCCAAGGCAUCAAACCAUUUAAAAGAAAUUUGUGGCCAAUGUAGUCUUCUAUAUCCAUCUGCUGCGCCAUGCGUGCUUAGCGCUUGUUUAGUAUCACUUGAACCUGAUUCAACUCUUCGUUUAAUGGCUGAUCAAUUUACACCAGAUGUGAGAUUCAGCCAGACUUCCGUCAAUUGUCAGUUGUCAACGCCUCAGGAUGUCACCUGUACACACAUUCUUGUCUUUCCUACAUCAGCUACAACACAAUCAUCACAAACAGCGUUCCAAGAGCAACAUAUUAACGGUCCUGAAUUAGGUGAUGAUGAGCUUUUUUCGGCACUCAAUGAUGAUAUGCCUGAAGGAAUGGAAGGAAUGGGUGACUUUAACGAUAUUUUUAACGUGUGGCCUGAAUCUGGAGCUGGCGGUGGUCAAAGUCCUAGUGGUAGUCCUCAUCGGCCUGAAGGUUCACCUUUAGGCGGUGAUGGUGGAGGAUCUGGGAUGGGUAAUCAUGACGGACCUGGAAGUCCAUUUCCUUGCAGCAGCACUCCAAGAACUGCGAUUGCCGAUCAAACAGAGGAAGUCGGUACUCUUCUUCAACAACCACUUGCUCUUGGAUAUUUAGUAUCUACAGCACCUACAGGACGUAUGCCAUCGUGGUUUUGGUCGGCAUGUCCGCAUCUUGAAGGUGUUUGCCCUGCAUUCUUGAAAAAUGCUCUGCAUCUUCAUAGUUCAACUAUUCAGCAAAAUAGUGAUGAUUUACUCCAACAACAGAGCGCACUUACAGCUCAUCCACUCGAUUCUCAAUACACCACAGAUGUACUCAGGUACGUGCUGGAAGGAUAUAAUGCCCUAUCUUGGCUUGCCGUAGACUCAAAUACCAAGGAUCGACUGUCUUGCUUACCGGUACAUGUUCAAGCGCUCAUGCAGCUUUAUCACGCAUCGGCUGCCCUCGUCUGACCCAGACCCACUCCCCUUGUGGUGCUUUGUGCACACCUCUCUUACGCACUUAUUAUCGUGAUAACAACACUCGGGGCUUUACGGGCACAAUUACUUUCAUACGCCCUACCUCAUUUUUCAAUGUCAACAGUUACACAUAUUCACUCGCAAUUUUUUAAUUGAUUCUCUAUGAAAUCAUUGAAAAGACGACCAAAUCCAAUUAUAUAUCGAUCAAUAAUUAUUUCCCGAAUCAUGUUUGUACACUAUAUUAUAUUUCUGUUGCAAUAAGAGGAGAGGAGAGGGUCGUAUGACAGAUGUCGAGUGAAAAUAAACCAAGAGAGGAGAGGGGAGGGAGAGAAAAGAGAAGGAGGAAAGAGUACGAAUAAUUUGCUAAAAUUGUUGUCUCAUCGUUGAUUUAGAUAGUUCAAUUUCAAGAAAAAAAGAAAAUAUCUAGUAAAGGUAUAAUAGGAUUAUAUAAUUCAAGUGUUUUUAAUUGUAAAUUGACUUUUUGUACAAAGCUUUUAAUUAUUAUUAGCGACAAAGUAAUAUAACGAAUAUUACGUUAUUUUUUAAUUUUGUAUAGAUAAAUAAUUUUAAAAAAUCGAUUAUGAACAACAGAACGUACGAUACUAUUAUGAUAAUAUAAUAGGACUUAACAACACUCUUAUAUCACACUCCCAUCAAGUCUCUCUGAUGUUUUCUUUUUCUUCUAUUUUUGUUUUUAUUUUUCACUAUGGAAAAUACCUUCAUUCCAUAUGAACUUCAAAAAUGGAUCAAAACUACAAUAAAUAAACAAAAAAAAUAUUAAAUAAAAUUAGACAUUAAUUAAUUAUAUAAUAAUUAGAGGAAUCAGACCAUCUAGGUCUUUUGUUAUAAAAAAUUUCUUAAAACCUGGAAGGGGCCUAGUCAUGUUGACUAAACUACACUAAAUUUUUGGAUGAAAAAAGAGUAAAUAAAAUAAAAAACAACUGAUGUUUUAUUCAUAAUAGAUGACCUUUAUUAUAUUAUUAUAUAUAAUAAUUAUUCUGUAAAAUAUUAA